AUGAGAGUCACAACCAGAAAUGAAUACUCAACCCCUGCAUAUACAGGAGUGCCUCGGAAUAUGGUCACUCCUGUCUUCAAAAUGGCAUGUCGCCUACGUUUCAUGAAGCCGGACGUCAACGUGCUAUUGAGCUAUAUCGAUACACAGCUAGACCGCCUGAUUAUCUCAGCGCUCAUUGAAGCUGCUCUCCGUCUGCUCCCACCUGAUGACACUCCUGAAGGACGAUUGGAGGCGAAAGAAAUAAUGCAACAAAAGAUGGAGCGUGCAAAUAUUCAAGAAAUCGCUUUUGUCAACCAAGUGCGAGAUUUUGGUUAUCAAUUUCUGACAGAGAAGGAACAAAGAGAUGGUCAACUACGCUCGACUCCCGAUCUUCGAUUUCUUGAGCCCAUAUUGAUUGAUGGGCACCUUUGUCACUGGAUCGAAUUCAAAAACUACUUUGGUUUCAAAUCAAACCCAUUUAUCGCUUCAAAAAAUAAGAAGCAAUUGAAGAGAUAUGUCUCAGAGAUAGGAUCUGGUGCUGUUGUCUACAAGCUGGGAUUUGAGAUUGAUCACAUAGUCAUCGUAGGGAUUCAUUCGUUUCGUGAAGCGGAGGUUCUACAUUUCCUAGAGCAGCAGUCCAAGCUUAGAAAGUAG